AUGGCCCUCUUGGUUGGCGCCCGCAGUGCCGGGACACAUGCAGCGCCCGCACGGGCCGUCCUUUUGCGGCUCCGGUCCUCAUGCGGUGCCGCAUCGGCUGUUGCGGCAUCGCGGCAUACCUCUUCACACUCCCCACCACCCUUCACGGAGACAUCGUCCUCGCUCCCUUCCGACUACCACCUCCCUUUCGGAAACCCGUCUCUGCUCAUUCCCACUCUCUCAAAGCAUGAGCCCACAAUAUUGGCGUCGCCCCGGGCAUCCGCGGCGUCAGCGACGGCACAAAUGAACGCAACCCGGGUGCCAUCCACACCAGACGCGCCGACACCUAGCGAGCCCUCUCAACGAGCCCCUCAAAAUACGUCCCAGCGACCUCCAGCAAGGCCCUUCUCAAACCCUUUGACUUCUUCUCCAAAGGUACCGAAACCGACACAGCCCAUCUCGAAGACGAUAUUAAGCGCAGGUAGAAGACUAGGCAGAGUGACGGGUGCCGAGCCGGACCACCACCGGCUGGAGCCAAAACCGAUUCGCCAAAGUAGCCCGCCACCGCCAUUGACAGAGGUAGAGGAAGAUCCAGACGAUUAUUUCAGGAUACUACCCGAAGAAGACGAAGAGACACGCGCUGAGCCUGCGACGGAAACACGCCCAACCCCCCGCGAGCCGAUUCACGUGCUCGGCGGUAACAUUCAGGCCACAUACCUGGCACACAUGCUCGCCGGUCUUCCCAGCAACCCUGAGGUGCACAUAGUGCACCUCGGCUACCAUCAGGCGCGGAAAUGGGACAGUGAGGGUGAGCGGGUGGAGGUUCUGCGCGGCAACAAGGCCUUGCCACACAACCCAGUCAUUGGCGAGUACGCCGGGCCGAAUCGCCGACCGUCACGGAGCAGCAAUGUUGUUCGGCCGCGGUCCUUUGACACUGUCCAUCGGCCCAUUGAGAACCUCAUUGUCACAAUGACAUGUGCCGCUUCGAUCGGGGCCUUGGAACAGCUUGCGCCCCGCAUUAACAGCCGGACAACAAUCUGCCUCCUGCAGCCGGGUCUGGGCGUGGUCGAGCGGAUCAACGAACUGUGCUUCCCAUACAUCCCGGACCGACCCUCGUACAUCCUGGGGCACAUGACGCACCUGCUUGGCUACACCGAAAACGCCUUUUCCGUUGUUGAGAAUGUGCCCGGCAGGGUGGUCCUGACACACUAUACGCCGCCCGACCAGCUAGUUGCGGAGGGCGGCGAGCUUGUCGCUGGAGACCGCCGCGCCAUCGCUGCUAGCGAUGAUGACGACUUUGACAGCAUCAUUGCUGACGGCGAAAUCGAUGCCGACGGCAACAGUGUUAGCAGCAGCAGCAGCAACAGCAAAAGUCCGCCAACGUUUGUACCUGAACUACCUCCCGCCCCAAAAAGGAAACGGGAGGGCACAGACGGCAAUCAGAGCUUGGAACUAGAAUACAGCACCGGUAUGCGCCUCAUGUAUUUGCUGAACGUCACGCCCGAGCUCGGCGCAGGGGGGUACUCGACGGCCGCGUUUUUGCGAUACAAGCUACCCGAGUUGGUGUACGCCGCCGCCGUUGAGCCAGUACAGACUGUCCUGGACCUACCCAUGGGCAAUGCGUUGUGGUCCAAUGGGCCUGCGUGGUCCAUGGUGGAGGACCUGGUCCGGGAAAUGAUCAAUGUCAUCUUGCAGAUGCCCGAGACGCGCGCGUCGCCCAAGCUCGCCGAGUAUGUGCGCAGUGGCGCGUUUGAACGGAAGGUGUUUCGGCUGUCCUACCGCAAGAGCGAAGGCCGCACCAGGCGCCCCGGCCCCGGUGGAAGCAGUCACUCUGACGACGGCGACGCGUACCGAGGCAGCGGGCCCCAGUCUGCCCAAAACGACAGUGGCGGCUACUGCCUCAUGGCACGGCGCGUGGCGUUGGGACAGGGCACCGACAUUGAGUUUCUCAACGGCUACUUUGUGCGACGCGGGAAAGCUCUCGGUGUCGCCUGCCCGCACAACGAGAUGAUUAUCAAGAUGGUACGGGCAAAACAGCGCAGCCGCGUAGCGCGGCCGUCGUCACUGCAAAUCGAUCCAAGCGACCCAGGCCAAGAGUCGCACAUUCCAUUUGCCCCGCCGUCGGGGCCGUACGUCUCGGCAUCCGGGAAGUUUCCGAAGCCAGAGAAGCGAAAGAAGCAUGCCGGCAAGCAAGCUUCCAAGCAUGCAGACAACGACCAGGCUUAG